AUGAAUUAUAAUGAAAUAGAAGAUGCCGCUGAGAAAACGGGAAAAAUUCUGACAAGUGAGAAAAUCGUUGUUAAGUUAGAUGGACAUAAACUGUAUAAUGAUCAGAAGCUUGUGGUGAAUGUGUGUCGAAAGAAAAUCGAGCAAAAAUUGGAAAUUGAUGAUGCACAACAUAGAAAUAAAGAUGUGAGCGUUUUUUUUGAUGAGCUGAUUCUGAGCUCAAAAAAAAAUCAAUUUUCAGCAGCUGCCACCGGAAAACAAGUGGAAAAUAAUGCGUGAACGAAUUCGUCAAUCCGGCAAUCUUGAAAUGAUUGAUAUUUUUUCAAAUCCUAUGUUAAUUGCAAUUCUUGAUAGUAAUUAA